AUGUCUCCUCGUCAGGCACAAUCGCUUGCUCACGUCGACACGGAGUACAGCGCUGACUCUGUCGAAUUCUGCCCUACCGUACCAUCUUUGCUGCUCUGUGGGACCUAUCAGAUCGCUCCAGAUGAGUCAGCGCUCGGCGAGACGGACGAUGCUUCACCGGCCACGGUCAGACUCGGCCGGUGUCUCUUGUACGACGUAGACGCGCAAUGCAGUCUCACGGAGCUGCAGAAAUUCGAUGGUCCCGCCAUACUCGACACGAAGUGGGAUCAUCACGCUGCCCGAGUCGCUCUGGCGGACGCAAAGGGUCGCAUCGCACUCCACGAGCUCUAUCGAAGUUCGCAAGACAGGUGGCGCUUGCGAGAUCUGACAAAGGUUCAAUGCGCCGAGGCUGAUAAGCUCGUGCUCUCGCUGGACUGGUCCAAUCGUCUCUCUGAAUCCGACGUCAAGAUUGUUUGCUCCAUUUCGGAUGGCUCGAUCGCAUUGCUCGAUGGAGCUGCCGACUUCUGCAUUACGGAGACGUGGCGCGCGCAUGACUUUGAGCCCUGGAUAGCAGCGUUUGACUACUGGCAGCCGGCUUGCGUCUGGACAGGCGGCGAUGAUUGCAAGCUCAAAGUAUGGGACACCCGCUCGAGCUUCACCGAACCGGUCAUGGUGAACAAGAGGUUUGAUGGCGGCGUCACCUCCAUUCAGAGCAAUCCUCAUGACGAACACCUCUUUGCAGUAGGAAGCUACGACGGUUCUCUGCGGCUGUUCGAUAACCGUUCGAUGAAAGGCGUCGUCGCAGCUUCCGAGCUUGGCGGUCUCUGGCGACUCAAAUGGCACCCCAGCCGACACAAUAUGCUGCUCGCGGCUGGCAUGCACGAAGGCUUCAAGGUCCUCAGCCUGGACGAGGAUCAGACGAGUGCAAAAGUCACGACGCGCUUCGAUGGCCACGAGUCGCUCGCUUACGGCGCAGAUUGGUCUCACGAUGAAGUCUGCUCCCUGAGUGCCUCUGUGCUCGAUCGUCCGGGCUUCUUCCUCCUGACCACCACGGGCGCGCGUGGGCAAGUGCUAGGACGGCUGACGAGCAGAGCGAUCAGCUUGAGACCUCUUGGCGCUACCAUCAGGCCGACAAUAGCUUGUUUCAGCUCGGGAACGAGCUUGCGCGCAAAGAGCGACCAUAGGAGCAUGGCCGAGGCCUCAACGUCGUCAUGGCUCAACGAUCCACUCUUCUCUGGCGUCGAACCAUUGCACAGCUCUUCGACGCUCAUCGAUCCUUCCCGUUCAUCCCUUGACCUCUUCAAACUCGCCAUCGCCCGUCACCUGACGAAAGCGCUCGAGCUCAAUGAAGACGUCGUGCUAGAGGCGUGCGAGCACGGCAGAAAGGUCUCGGAUGCUACGAUACCCGUAGCCCGGUUCAGACUGAAGGGCAAGCCGCAAGAUCAUGCGAGUGCUGCUGCAGCAAAGUUUGUUCCGGACGAUUACCUGACGGCUUGUAUUGCCGCUGGAGGAGUGCUCCAGUACACAUAUCGCCGGACGACGCUGCAGAGACUCGUCCUCAACCAGAUCACCCAGCUUACCCAUCUCGCGCCGGUCAAAGGAUCCUACGGUCACAACGCAUCAGGCAAGGGCAAGAAGAUGAUCGUCGAGUUCUCCAGUCCAAACAUCGCCAAGCCUUUCCAUGCGGGCCAUUUGAGGAGUACGAUCAUCGGCAUGUUCCUCGCCAAUCUCUAUCGCGCCUGCGGCUGGGAUGUCACCACCAUGAACUACUUGGGCGAUUGGGGAAAGCAAUUCGGUCUACUAGCUGUAGCAUUCCGGAAGAUAGGCUCGCGUGAUGCACUCGAGCGAGACGCAAUCAAGCAUCUGUUCGACAUUUACGUCCAGAUCAACAGAGACGCAGAGGCAGAAGUGCAGGAGAUCAUCCAGAAGAAGCGAGCCGCCGCCAAGGCCGAAGCAGAGGCCCAAGGCAAGGAGUACGCGCCCGACGAGGAGCCCCAGAAGCCAGAGGUCGACGCAGCGAAAGAAGAGUCUGCCAUCCACAACGAGGCUCGAAAAUUCUUUGCGGGUAUGGAAAAUGGCGAUCAGGAGAGUCUCGCCUUGUGGCGAGAGUUCCGCGAUCUUUCGAUUGAAAAGUACAAGCAAGUCUACGCUCGUCUCAACAUCACCUUUGACAUCUACGCUGGCGAGUCACUCGUAUCUGCAGAAUCACAAGCAGCCGCGGUUCGCAAGCUCAAAGAAGACAACAUUGUGCACGACCAGAGGGGCGCCUUGCUCAUCGAUUUAGAGAAGUACAAGCUCGGCAAGACGCCGGUGAUGAAGCGAGACGGCACGACGCUUUACAUUACCAGGGACAUUGGCGGCGCCGUCGAGAGAUACGAAAAGUACAAGUUCGACAAGAUGAUCUACGUCGUCGCAUCUCAGCAAGAUCUACACCUUGCACAAUUCUUCAAGGUACUAGACCUGAUGGGAUAUGCUUGGUCGAAAGACCUGCAGCACAUCAACUUUGGUAUGGUCAGAGGCAUGAGCACUCGCAAAGGCGAAGUCAAAUUCCUUGAAGAGAUCCUCGACGCUGCCAAAGAGCGCAUGCAUGAGCAGAUGAGGUCCAAUGCCGAAAAGUAUGCGCAGAUUGCGGAUCCAGAAAGGACAAGCGACGAGAUUGGUAUGACUGCCAUCAAGAUCCAAGAUAUGUCGGGCAAGCGUAUCAACUUUUACGACUUCAAUCUCGAUCGCAUGACAUCCUUUGAAGGCGACACAGGACCUUACUUGCAGUACGCACACGUCAGGUUAUCGUCAGUCGAGCGCAAAGCAGCACCAGAGACCUUGCUGCCGCCAUAUGACGAACGGGCAAGCAAAAUCAAUACCGACUUGCUCGAAGAUCCAAAGUCACAUGAUAUCGUCAUGAUGCUUGCGUCCUACCCGGACGUCGUCAGGAUGGCCGUCAAGGCGCAGGAGCCAUCGACGAUCGUCACGUUCUGUUUCAAGCUAUGUCAUGCCAUCAGCUCGGCUUGGGAGGUGUUGAUCGUCAAAGGUUCUGCACCAGACGUUGCGCUCGCUCGAUUGUAUCUGUAUUCCUGCGCACGAGAUGUGCUCAACAGCGCCCUCAAGUUGCUCAGCGUGACGCCCCUAGAUCGCAUGUAA